AUGAUUCCGAACCGCUCCAUGUGUUUACUCGGCAUAUGCUCCGUUCUAAUCGUCUCCCUUUUAUCCAAUGCCGGAGGUCAGGAACGAAAACACCAGCACACGGUAAAAGGGAAGUUUCAGAAGCCGAAGGGGUGGAAGCGGCUCUUUGGUGUGUUAUCACACGUGACACCUCUCGCCGUCAGCACACACAAGGCAGCGGCUCGUAAUGAAGGAGGUGGCGGUACCGGUGAAACCGGAACCAGCCACGAGAAGGCGGGGAAUUACCGCCCGAUCCUUGACCUCCUCACGGUGAAGACAGCUUCCGUUUCAGACGUUGCGAAAACGAACAACGAAGGCAGAGGAAACUUUCAAGGCAAUGAAGUGAGAAGCCAAAUGAGUAUGAACGGGUCGUCCCAGCCACAGGGCGGGUAUGUGGUUCAUGUGUCUCCCAACACUAUGAGCUAUCUGGAAUUCGAGAGCAGUACGCGGUCUGAGGUCAAAGUUGUGACGCAGUUGCUGAGUCACCGUUACGACGCCAACAUUCCUUCAGACAAUUGUAUAGGCUACUUCGUUAGUGUGGAGAUACGUGCUAAGAAAGAUGUGAACUUGACGGCACUCACCGAGCGCGUGGCGCACGCUGCAACCAAUGGAAAGGAGGGAAACGGCGGUGGCAACCCAGGGGAUGGAAGCGGUACAGAAGAAGAGCAUGAACAAAAGGGGGGGUGGAAGGCUUUCUGGAAUGCUAUCGUCACGAUGCUCGACACCAGUAAUUUCUGUGAGUUACUACCAAUGGUUAUGCUGCGGGUGGAACCGGAACCAGAACCCCAACCGUACGUGGUCUUGCUCAACGCCCAACUGGGGGUGAGUGGAAGUUAUUACCGCGCGGGCAAAGAUUGCCAGGUGAAGGUGUAUAUCACACAAACCCCUAAGGAGAAGGAACGCCUCAUGCAAAACGUCUUCGCCCUGGGUGUUCCGCUUUUCAUUCUGUUAAUCACAGCACCAAUCACAUUUAUGUACGCGCAUGUGUUGAAGGAUUACCUUGCGGAUAUUGAUGUGGUAUUGUGGUUGGUUUAUCCGGCAGUGGCAUUACGGAAUACACUGGUACGCUUCUUCGCAUAUCUCUACCAGUUAGUGCAGGGAACACGCGCACGACGUCAGGAGGAACAGCGUCAGCGCCAGCUUGAAGAGCAACAUCGGCGCAUCAUGGAGCAAACAACCUUCACACCGACGGGUAUGGACAUGAACGAUGGUAAUAACGGUGAUGUUGACACAAAUUUGUACCCUCAGUCACAACACCUCGGGAGUCGAAGUCCACUGGAAGAGGAAGGAGGGCGUGGAAAUCCCAGCGAGCAAGAGUUUAGGGAGGCCUCGAGUGGGACAACAGCCGUUCGGAUGGAAUUUAUACCACCACAUGCACCGAAGGGGGGACUACGAGCGGAUGAUGUCGUCAUAUUGGAGGACAUGGUUGACAUGGAUCUAGACGACAACGAAGACAACACGCGCAGUAAUUUAAAGCGACCGCUCAUAGCGAGUCCGAAGAAGGCGCCCAAGCCGUUUGGUGAUGCGAGAGACGAAUAUGCAGGCUCCACAGCCGCCGCCGCCUCUCUAUCACGAAAUGCAGUGAACAAUGGUAGUAAUUGCAGUAACAACAACAACUAUAGCAUUUAUUCAGAAACUGAGGUUGAGCAGAGGAAUGCCGCACCUUCAGUACCCGCAGUGAGUUGUAGCGAGCAGACGAAAGUGGUUGGGGAUGAGGAGGAUGAAGGGGAGCGCAUCUGCCGCAUUUGCCGCGACGACGAAUCCGAGGAGCCAGUAAUAUCUGCGUGUGAGUGUAUAGGCUCUGUUCGGUGGAUUCAUGCCUCUUGCCUUGACAAGUGGCGCAUCGAAAGCACCAAACGCAACAUCCGCAACGUAGACCGCUGUGAAAUAUGCAAAAAGCCCUUUCGCGUCCCCAUAAGCCGCCGCGCUCUAGUAGUGAAGAAUUUAAAAGGAGUCGGCUCCGGUCUUCUGCUGGUACUCAGCAGCGUAUUCGCCUUUGUAGCUGUUACCGCGGGUCAGCGCGUAACGUUUGGUGAGAUGACCUGCCGCGCGCCGUGGCAUGCCGUUUCCUAUGGUACAAUGUUUGAGUUCGAUGGAGUUAUCCUCACCGUAUUCCUGCAAUUUAUGUUGACAAUGCUGGCGGCAUUUGCGUUUUCUGCAGUGUAUGCCAAUUUUCACACGGAUCCAGAGACGCUGGCUUAUUUGAUGGCCUUCCAAACUCUUCCCCCGUUUUGGACCCGAAGGAACACGUGCAUAAUAGUGUUGAUCUUCGUGGGUGGGGUGUUGCAAGCGUUAGCACUUGGUUUUUUGGUGAAGCUGUUCAUCUACCGCACGAGCAGCAUCGUGUGGUCGUGGGAGGCGUCGCCCUGUACCGGCGCAGUGUUGUUCCUCGGCUAUGCCACAUUCGGGACGUCGUUGUCAACAGUUAUUCAUGACUGGUUGCGGCGCCGACAGCAACGACGAGCGGAGGGACAAGCACUCGACGUAGAAGAAGAAAUGGAGGGCUCACAACAACAAGUGGUCGUGAAUGAAAUGCAGAACCGAGAGCAGCAACAGUUGCCCUAG